AUGGAAGAAGUUCUGGCUGCUGAAUCCUCUUUGAGAACGGGCCCUCCAUCUACAUAUGCUGAUAAAGUGUUUGAAAAUGACAUGAACAUUGCUAUCAGAUUGACUGAAAAAGCCUACGAAAAUUGUUUGUUUAGGGAGGCACUUAAGAAUGGGUUUUACGACUUGCAAGCUGCUCGAGAUGAGUAUAGGCUCUCUUGCGGCAGUGGCGGCAUGAAUCAUGACUUGAUACUGAAGUUUAUGGAUGUGCAAACACGCCUCAUUGAACCAAUCUGUCCUCAGUUUGCAGAGCAUGUUUGGAGGGAACUUUUGAAGAAGGAAGGCUCUGUGGUAAAAGCAGGCUGGCCAACAUCAGAUGAGCCAGAUUUGGUUCUCAAGGGUGCUAACAAAUAUCUGCAAGAUUCUAUCAUCUUAAUGAGAAAGCUUCUACAGAAACAGCUCUCGGUUCCAAGAAGGCUGCCAAGAAAGGUGCUCAAGUAA